GUGUUCAGUGGAAAACCAGUUAAAUAGAAUAGAGGAAGUGUAUAGUCGGUUCAAAUUACAUCAACGUGUCAUCCUUGCCAGAGAUAUGUGGAGAAGUAGUCCGUGUGAUCAACCUUACCUACUGGCCAUAAUUUUGACGCUUGUCGACGUGCCCUGAAAACAGAUACCUACCCGAGGCUUAUAACCAUACGGCUGUGUUCAAGAAUACACAAACAUGGAUAAUACACACAGUAGACUGUAGCUUGACAUAUGCAAAAGGGUAAGCAGGUAUUGUUUAAAUCUUUUUCAUGGAUCGAUUGAUUUUCCUACCCUGAUUCCUUCAGGAGCCUCAGGAAAUUAAUCAUAAAUGCUGUGAUAAUCUGUUUUGAAAUGCAUUUUGGGUGUAUAGUGCAUCUGAUAAUGGCUCUAUUAUCACCUGGAUAGAGAUAGUGUUGGUUGGUGUGCGACAGGGUCGCCGUCUAAGUCCGUGUUACUCUUCGUUAUCGGCGCAGUGUAAUAGGGCACCUUAUCGACAUGUCCCUUCUCCGACCUGGAGGGAAUAUACCUGUGCAAAUCUGCUAAACAGUCAUGAAGUCCCUAUAUUCCAAGUUUAUUUUGGUUGGUUCACUGUUCAUAAGUAUUUCACUGGGACUUCAAUUCAUGUGGUGGAAAAGGGGACAUAUUCUUAUUUAUCAGACGGACGUGUCGGCCGAUGCGGACAUUAAGAUUAAGCUGGAUACCACAGUCAAUGAGUACACGCCAGCACAGAUAUGUAACAGUUCAGGCGGCGGUUGUGGAGCUCGGUCAACACAAUCAAAGGCGGCAGUGAAUAUGGCGAAGGAAAACGUUUCUAAUACGCCGUUUGUUUGGGACACGGGGUCGGGCCACGACAGAAUACCCGAACAAAUGAAACACAUUCCAUCCAAUAUUCUUAAUGGAGAUACACGUACGCGUGUUAUUCUGGUUGACAGCGGGCCGGUGAACUGGAACGUCAAAGAUGGCAAACAAACAUUUAUAGACCACCAAUGCCCAGUUCAAAAUUGCAUACUGGUUGACAAAUCUACCACGGAAAAGCGAAUAGAUGCCAUAUUGUUCGGGCAGGAUAUUGGAUGGUUACAACCCUACGAGAGCAGAUACAGACACCCCGAUGCUGUGUGGAUAUUCUUUGCUCUAGAAAGUCCGAUGGCGACAGGAACAUUCAAUUUUGUCCGGCAGUUAAACUGGACGGCAACAUAUCGGAGAGAUUCUACCAUGGUCGCUCCCUAUGAGCGAUGGUUGCGUUUUGACAAUGCAUCUAGUAUUACCCGCACAAGAAAUUAUGCGAAAGGUAAAUCCAAGAUGGCCGCCAUAUUUGUGUCAAAUUGUGGAGCGUCAAACGGACGAUUGGAAUACGCCAAGGAACUUAAACGAUACGUCGAGGUUGACAUUUACGGUUUUUGUGGCGACAAACAGUGCGCCAGGAAUAAUGCUAGAACCUGUUUUGGGAUGCUAGACAAAGACUACAAGUUUUACCUUGCAUUCGAGAACGCUAACUGUAGGGAUUACAUAACGGAAAAGUUCUUCGUCAACGGAUUAAGUCAUGACGCCAUUCCGAUUGUGAUGGGCGCGCACCCAGAAGACUAUGAGGAGGUUGCACCCCCACAUUCCUACAUUCACGUUGAGAACUUCAAGUCAGCGAAAGACUUAGCCGAAUACAUGAAAAUGCUGGACAAAAAUGAUGAACUUUAUAAUGAAUAUUUCAACUGGAAAGGGACUGGCAGCUUCUUAAACACCAAAUUUUGGUGUCGGUUGUGCUCUCUGGUUAGUGAUGAUCAGAAACCGAAAUUAAUUGUUGAAGAUUUAGAAAAAUGGUGGAGGUCCACGGAUACUUGUCGGGAUGGAAGAUGGACAGAUUGAAGGGCAAAUCAUAUGUGAUAAUUUAUUCAUUGAGUGAAUGUAAAUGGUUGAAUGGUUGAACUAUGUUGCCUUGACGCUUCAGCUUGACGUUUAAUGUGUGUAUGUGUGCAAUCGGCUAGAUGAUGAUAUUUUUCUUAUAUGACUUUAGAUUUGAAAAAUGAAUAAAAUUAUUUUAAUAAUCA